AUGACUUUGCGAUCAGCUGACAAUGUUGCUUGCAUGUCCGCACGGCAUGCGUGGACGCACGCACGCGCACACAGUAUUCGCCCUGUGGCGAUUCGACGCCAGAUCGUCACUGCUAUUCGACGGGCGUUUGGAGGUUGGGUUUCUGUUUGGUCUGGUAUUUGUAGUUCCCUUGCCGUCCCACCAACCGGUCUCGUCUCAACACCUCACCGUGAUUGUUGCCUUCGCUUGAGGACGGUAUGCUUUUUUGUGAAAGUACCCUUACGCAUUCAUCUCAUGCAUGAAAAACAUGAAUCUCUGAAAAGCUUUGUGGUAGCUUCGAAGAUGCUCAAACAAAUGCUAAAGUUACGUGACCUCAUCGUUCUGAUGAUCGUGGUCUGCGUGUCAGCGAACUCGGACGGCGGUCUGAAUCGAACACGGCGACAGGCCUCGGCCAUGUUUACCAUAGGAGCCGUCCUUGACUCGCUGGACCAUGGAACGGAACAGGCCAUACUUAGCGGCCUUCAGACUGUGAAGAUGAUCUACUCCAAGGACGAUAGCCGUGGUCAGUCGCCCAUUAAACCGACAGUCAUCUGGAUUCCCAAGGAAAAGUUCCUUACCGCAACUAAUGAUGUCUGCGAAUUACUCAAGACGGGAGUAGUGGCCUUUGUGUCGCCGCCCGAUCCACUGAUCCGUCAGUCAGUGCGGAUGGUCUCCAAACAAUUUCACAUCCCCAUAAUCGAGACGCAUUGGGACACCGACCGCUCCAAUAGCCGAUUCGCCAUCAACAUCCAUCCUUCGCAUGACGCUUUCGGGGAAGCCAUCUUCGAAUACCUCUCCAGUUACUCCAAAUGGAAUCACGUGGUACUUGUUUUGGCUGACUAUGGAAGUAGUGAAAUGCGCACGGAUUCAUCUGAUAACGCAGCAGCAGCAGCAGCAGCAGUGGCAGUAGCAGCGGUUAUGAUCGUUUUACUAGGCUACGAGUUCAACAUAACAUGUAUAAAAUCAGCCCUUUCCGCAUCUCUCACCGACGCCACGCAUCUCAAUUGCUUCGGCACAACUUCAAACUUGGACAUAGUAAAGCACACGGCAUGGCUGAACAACUUUGAGGGCACUUUGGUCAUCCGGACGCUUGGAGCAGAUCGUUCCAAAUGGAAAGCUAUUGUGGCCGAAUUGGCGAGCAUCGAUGUGCGCAACUUUUUACUCGACAUCCCCUACUGGUAUGCCAAGGACUUCCUGGUUUUGGCGUAUGUGCACAACAUGACCGGAGAACAGUACAACUACGUCUUCACUGACUGGGCAAGUUUUCUGGUUACAUUAGCUUCCUCUUUCAUUUAUUUUGAGGAUACUCACCUUCUGGACUUGAGUGCCUUCAAGAUAUGCGAGGGGGCGAGCAUAUCAACCUUCGCUAUUACGCCCAACGUCGGUGUCCACGAGCCAUACGGACGAGGACCAUUUGUCGAGAAUCUGCGCUCCACAAUAAACAAAAUCGAGCGAGCACAAAGGUACUCGGACAUCCUUCCCUUCCUAACGGCAUCAGCGUCACUCAUCUACGACUCAAUGCUUUUGUUCGGCCUAACACUCAUGAUUCAUAAGGACGCCAUUUCGGCACGACCGGGAGUGCUGACCUGUGACAGCGAGGAUGCUGUUUGGUCGCAUGGAGAGCAGUUGGUGCGGGAGGUUAAAGCCUUUAAUUCAACAAAACUUCCUACAAUAACCGGCCAGAUCCUCUUUGAUCGUCAGGGCUAUCGGUCGAAUUUCAACAUGAGUAUCCUUAGUCUGCAGAACUCAGGACUACGGGAGAUUGGCUACUGGACUCAGAGAGAUCGUUUGCAGAUUACCCAUCCAAUAAAAAAGAAAAAGAAGAUUCCAAAGAAGCCGCUUACAGCAGUCACCCUCAGGGUAACAACUGUUCCGGAUACACCAUUUGUAAUUCCAAAAAAAUUUGAUGCCUACGGUCAGCCUCUGAAGACUCCAGAUGCGUGGGAGGGCUACUGCGUUGACCUACUCAACCUCAUCUCUCAGGAUGUCGGCUUCAACUACACCAUCGACAUCACAAUGGAUCACUAUGGCUCGCGUCACGUCAACGAGUCGGGCGAGGUCUACUACAACGGCAUUGUUGGCGUGGUGCACAGAGGCGAAGCUGAUAUGGCCGUGGCAGCUCUGACGAUUACGUACGAGAGGGAGCAAGUUCUGGACUUCAGCACACCCUUCAUGACCCUCGGGGGCAGUCUCCUUUUCAUGCGACCAAAAACUCAAAAGCCCUCAAUCUUCUCCUUCCUACAGCCACUUUCACCCACCGUGUGGGCUUACGUGAUAACGACCUACAUAGUUGUCUCCGUUGGGCUCUUUCUGGUUGCACGUCUCAGUCCUUACGAGUGGCAAAAUCCACAUCCCUGCGAGGCCUUCUCGGAGGAAAAAGAAAAUCAAUUUACGGUUCUUAGCAGUUUCUGGUUCUUCAUUACACCUCUCCUCAAUCAAGGUACGGAGAUGGCUCCGCACUCCAUAUCCACACGACUACUGACGGGCAUCUGGUGGUUCUUUGCCCUGAUCCUAAUCUCCACCUACACAGCUAACUUGGCGGCCUUUUUGACUGUCGACACAACCGAACUGCCUAUUGAGAGCGCGGAAGACCUCGUGGCUCAGACCAAGAUUAAGUACGGUACGCUGCAAUCUGGAUCCAGUCACGACUUCUUUAAGGUGCGCCAAAGCUGCUCGUCGUCUUUUUGUGCUGCUCCUAAUGUCACUGUCGACACUGUCGUUGCCACUGUCGUUGAGGCAAACAGUGGUCAAGUGAUGCACUACUCCAGGAUCCCAGUCUUUCAAAGGAUGUGGGAGUUCAUGUCGAAAAACGAUGUUUUUGUGCAGAACACCGAGGAGGGCAUUGAGCGUGUUCUUAAGGGCGACUACGUCUUCGUCCUCGAGUCAUCGUGGAAUGAGUUUUACAACAAACGCGAUUGCCGCCUCAUGCAAAUCGGUCGCCUACUAGACUCCAAAGGUUAUGGCAUUGGGCUGCAACAAGGUUCACCAUAUCGCGAUCCGAUAUCUGAGUCGAUUUUGAAGCUGCAGAAGGCUCAGACAUUGGACCAAUUGAAACGAAAAUGGUGGACUGAGUUCAACAUCUCUGAGCCCUGUACCAAUAACAAGGAGGGUAGCAAAGAGGCCAAACCCCUCGGCAUCGAACAGGUUGGAGGCGUUUUUGUCCUCCUCAUCAUUGGCUUCUUCUGGGCUUUCAUUGUCUCCGUUAUCGAAUUCUGCGUGCACAAUAAAGCAUGUAUGAAAUCACAGGUAAUAAGGGGAGCACUUUUCUCCGAAAUGUGGAAGGAGUUAAAAUUUGCAAUGCGUUGCAUGACACCUUCAACUCGAACCAAGUCCUCUACCCCUGUGAUUCACGAGCCAACGCCUGCUUCAAUAGCAGUGGCUCCCGAGAAAAUGGAGCAGGAGACCGUAGAGCCGGUAUCUGUCCAGUCACAAGACAUGCUAACUGUGCCGAUAGCUGAGUCUAAUGAGGCUCUGCUAUGCUCUAAUGCUGGCGAUACUUCAUCAAGUGGCGCAAGCAGUGUGAGAGAUACCUAUCCGUCACCACCACUACCUCCUCCGAACCCCUCCAGUUCUCCUUGGUCUCAUUUGAAUAAUUUUCAGAAAAAAUCGCCAUCCAUGGGUGAGGACUGGUGGACAAUCAGUCAGAGCGCAGUGUGA